AUGAUCAGCGACCGGCUUCUGCUUGCCGUCUACUUUUCCACCUUACUCACCACGGCUAUUGGCACCGAGAACUCGGAUGUGGAGACAAGAGCCCUGCGAGAUUUCUACUCCAAAAAUUCUUAUCCUUCCAGCGAAAAGGAACUGCUCGGAGCCCUGCACGAGGUGCUGAAGAAACUACAGACCAAACGGCUUCCAACCUGGGAGAAGAAAUAUGGACAAGGGCCACAGUGUUAUAUUGGGGAUGUGUGCGCAGUGAGAAAAGGACCCAGGAUUUGGAGAACCUGUAACUGCCAGAACUCUAAAUGUAACUACUUCCUCUUCAAAUGUGUGUAGAGAUCUGAAAAAAUAAAAUCAUUUCUAUUUUCAAUGGCUAAGUGAAGA